CUUUCGAUCACGUGUCUUGCGGGGCGACUUAGACGGAUUGCGCGUCAUCUCGCCUUCCCAAAUUUCCCCCUUCAACUGCAGCUCGUAUCCAAAACAUCUAUCUAUAGUUCGGAGUACGAGAGAGAGAGAGAAAGAUGUUUAACUCGGUGAAUCUGGGCAACUUCUGCUCCCAGACGCGCAAAGACCGGACAUCCGAGUUUGGAGACAGGACAGGCUGCGCGUCCAACAUCUACCUCCCCAGCUGCACCUACUACGUCCCCGAGUUUUCUGCCGUCUCCUCGUUUCUUCCACAGGGCCCGUCCCGGCAAAUCAGCUACCCCUAUUCCACAAAUCUGUCUCAAGUGCAGCCGGUACGGGAAGUUUCAUACGGCUUGGACCCUGCCAGUAAAUGGCACCACAGAAGCAAUUAUGCAUCGUGCUACUCGGGAGAGGAUCUGGUGCAUAGGGACUGUCUUCCACCAUCCACCAUGACGGAAAUGCUUAUGAAGAACGAGAGUGUGUACAGCCACCACCACCACCAUCACACCCAUCCCGGCUCCAAUCACCCCUCCACAGGUUUUUACUCCGGCGUGGGGAAAAACUGCGUCCUUCCGCAAGGUUUCGACCGCUUUUUCGAGACUUCAUACUGCAGCAGCACGGACAAUCAGUCAGACAGUUGUUUACAAAAGAGCGAGGGGGGAAAGCUGGAAAGCAAGUCCCCGGAGCAGCAGCAGCCCGUAGCCGGAGCUCCGGAGCAGGAAAAAGAGCCAGAAGAUGAAGGGGAACAUACAAAUUCAGGCUCGUGCACUUCUUCCUCCGCAACAACCAAGGACGGCACCGCCAACAAGAGCAGCCACUCGACUACUCCUCGCACACGGAAGAAGAGGUGCCCAUAUUCCAAGUUUCAGAUUCGGGAGCUGGAGCGGGAAUUCUUCUUUAACGUUUACAUCAACAAGGAGAAAAGGCUUCAGCUUUCGCGAAUGUUAAACCUCACCGAUCGCCAGGUUAAAAUUUGGUUUCAGAAUAGAAGAAUGAAAGAGAAGAAGCUGAGCAGAGAUCGCCUCCAAUACUUCUCUGGGAACCCCCUAUUGUGAGCAGGAGCAGAAAGUGUCACCAUCUUGGUCAGUGACAUUAAGGCCUACUCUUAUCUCAUUGAAUUGUAAUCGUGGGCAUAAGCAUUUUCUAAAGGAGCCCAUGUCGCCAACGGUGCAAUGUUAAAGUGGACAGUGGGAAUAAUAGGCCUGCAUGGGAUAAUGUCGCCAUUUUCUUAUUGCCCCACGGGCGGCAGUGAAUUUCUUGUUGGUCCCCAGUAAGGCCUACAUGGUUCGAAUAAUCAUUUAUACCUAUGCUGUUCUUGAAUAUGUCUCUCUAUUUAUCACAAGUCUCCAUUGUGUUUAUUCUAUUGUUCAUAUAGACAUAUUUGUUGUUAAAUAGGCUAUCAAAUGUAACACACAGUUUGAAUCCUUAUUGCGCAGACAACGUAUAGCUCUUCCCAGUCCCUCUGGUCUAUGUAUAUAUUAUAUCAUGAUCUAAUUAUUUCUCGACCAGGCCAUGGUCAAAGUAAGGCAAAUCUCUUGGCUAAAUGUUUCGCCAUUGAGAACUGUGACGUCCAAUCUGUUAAAAGUAUACCCCCCUUAGUAGCCUAUGCAAUGUGCAUUUGUGACUGUAAAUAAUAUGUUAAAUUUCCUUUACCCUAUCCCUGCUGCUAUCUUCCAGUACACUACCCUACAACUUAAACAGCUUUAACGCCAACUCUCGUUAAAUUAUUUGCUUACAACAUUGGUGCUUUGGAUUCCAGAGAGUAUGAACAGAUUGUUGGCCUGUGUAUCGUUAAUAUAAUACAUAUGAAAUAAACAGAAACCUAUAUAGGCAAAACUCAA